UACUCCAUAGUAUCGGAUGAAGUGCUGUUAGAUAUGGUUAAAGUGCUUACAUUCGCGCUCACAGAAGGAAAGGUUGCCAUUCACUGUCACGCAGGUCUGGGCCGUACGGGUGUCCUCAUAGCCUCUUAUCUGGUCUUUGCAUUUCGGGCCAAACCUCAUGACGCCAUCCGUUAUGUCCGCUCUAAGCGUAUUCACAGACAAAUGGGCCUUAAUUUGGCUCAAAUACUGCAGAGACAGAAACUGUUAUUACAUGGAUAUGAGUCAAGACAUCUGAAAUAUGUACCAAAAAUAAUUUAUAUGAUUUGCGAGCGAUUACUAAAACUCUGCGGUCGACACAAAGCCUAUUCGCCAGGCGUUAGGAGUGGUAAUGGCGGCACAAUUGGCCGCGAGAUUGGCAUUCAUUAUCAAUUGGAUAAAUCGGAAAGUUUUUGCAAAUAUUUUUUCGCCGCUCUGACCGCCGACGGCGCCGAACGCGUCCGACACCGACACCAUCACCGCCGACACCUUCGCGGCCAACAGAGACCCGACUCCAACAAUACCGUUGAGCUCACCUCUGGUAUCGUUAGUCCCAAAACCGAUUUGACUGAAUUAGAGGACUUCAGCUCAUCGUCUUCGGCCGAUAAUACGCCCAAAACUGUGCGAAAAGCCGCGAAAAUGAGCCAUAGAUUAGGCGACAGUAAUGGCGCGACAGGUGUGGAGAAGGGAUCGGAUACAGCGCCGCCGCAAACGAGUCUUCCGCCGGUCGACGGCCACGAUAUGCACGCCAUUAACGCACCGAUGCAUCAAAUCAAUGUCGUCGGCAUCGAAACGCCGGUCAGACAACGGACGGACGGCAGCGGCGGAGGCAGUAGUGGACAAUCGAGUAGUUCCGAGCCCUUCGAGUCCUCUCUGUCCGAAAGUCUCACUUCUCUGAUCGAGAGUCUCGGCUAUCGUGUGAUUAAAAUCGAUUCCUCGCAAAUGGUUUACGAACAGGACUUGCGGUUUAUGGACAGCCGUCGGCAACAGUCGUCGGCCGACACUAAUAACGAUUCAAUCGAUUAUCACAUGAAUGAUAAGCUCAUUGACGACGAGUUCUUCGGCCGCACUAAAGGUCACUCGGAUUACUAUAACGACGACCAGUUGUCGGACGACAGCGAGUCGAUGGAGGACUCGUUGGACGCUCAGUGCAGCUCCGGAUUUAUAUCAGCCAAUUGUGGGAACAGCACUGGGAGUGAAGACUGCGAUGAAUUGGUGGACAGAAAGGAUGUGGUGAAAGCACUUUUGGCCGAUUAUACCGCUUAUGUCAAGCCUUUCAGCUAUAAUUUGCUUCAAUAUCAGAAAGAUUUAAAUACAAAGCCCUUGAGUUGGGAGAAGUUAUGCCACGAGACAAAUGUGCAAAUUCUUAGUGCUCUUCUUUGGUCAUGGAUUGACUCAUUGACAGAACCGAUGCUCACGAAGACUGCUUUGUGUCACAUCGUGGUAAAGGCUGAGGUGCCAGUGGACGCACUGCUUAAACUAGAUCAGUAUAAUCGAUAUACAGUGGAAUAUUUGCUAAGAUUUAUAGCAAGAUUAGGCCCGGAAUCGGACGAUCGAUCGGUUCUCUUAAGACAUUUGAUGUCCAGACUUACAAAACAACGGUUUAAGUUAGCGGACGGACAGUUGGUUCCCAAUGGGAAUGAGUGGCCAGAGAUGCGAAAGGGAACGGCGGGCCGUAUAAUGCUGUUCAUCGAUGACUUAUACCAAAUGCUUAAAUCCAAUUGAUUUCUUGCAACACAACAAACAAAAUGCUUAUAUUUUUUCCUAACAUUUAUUAUCAAUCAU